CAGAUCCUCAGCGUCAGAUCAGGACCAUAUAAAAUACGCACUCUUCACUUCAGCUGCAGCAGAUGAAAAGAUCUGCCGGAUCCAGCACGGAGAGUCUGUUACAUGCCCUGUCUUCUGAGGGACUUUACUGCAAAAUUGUAUUCUAUAAGAGGAGAGAAGCAAAGAUGCCUUUCCGCCGUGUUUCCCAGUGAGCCAAAUGAGAAGACAGUGAUGCUGCGUUCUUGAAUGGAUCAAAUUAACAGUCUGCUGGCGAGCAGAGCCUCCGAGCCUCCUCCUCACAGAGCGCUGUGCAGACAGCAUCGCCACCGCUCAUCCUGAUGGGUUGUCUUAACUCCACCAGUGGAAAUGAGACUUUGCCCGGCAGGCACCCGUACACUCUGCAGACCUCGGUGCCCCUGACCAUCCUGGUGGGGAUCCUCAUCCUGCUGACUGUUUUUGGAAACGUCCUGGUAGUCAUCGCUGUGACAACAAGCCGAGCCCUGAGAGCACCUCAGAACUUGUUUUUAGUCUCUCUGGCAUCUGCAGACAUCCUGGUUGCCACCUCGGUGAUGCCCUUCUCUUUGGCGAAUGAACUGAUGGGUUACUGGUACUUUGGCAAGGUGUGGUGUGAGAUCCAUCUGGCUCUGGACGUGCUCUUCUGCACCUCGUCCAUCGUUCACCUGUGCAGCAUCAGCCUGGACAGAUACUGGUCUAUAACUCAGGCGAUUGAGUACAACCUGAAGAGGACGCCGCGCAGGAUCAAAGGCACAAUCUUCAUGGUUUGGGUGCUGGCGGCCAUAAUAUCAUUCCCUCCACUUAUCACGAUGAAAAAGGACGAAGGCGAAGAGGACAGACCUGAAUGUAAAAUUAACGAUGAGAAGUGGUACAUUAUAUUCUCCAGCACUGCCUCCUUCUUCGCGCCCUGCGUCAUCAUGAUCAUGGUGUAUGUCAGGAUCUACCAGGUGGCCAAAAAAAGAACCAGAUCCCUGCCAGGUGAGAAGCAACGCCAGAAUGGAGACUUAAGAGACACUAAGUGCGGUUUGGACCCCGAGGAGGGAAAGGACAUGGAAGGGAGAGAGGUGGAGGUGGGGGAGGGCGGAGAGGUCAACGGGUUGGACAUGGAGGAGGAACCUUCCUCUUCUGAUGGAAAUGAGACCGUCUUGUGUUCCCUGAAGAAGAAGAGGGGUCUCAGAGCAACCAAAGGGGCUCAGGUGGCGCAAGGAGAGGCGCCUCCGAAGCCGGAGGUGCCGCCCAGUGUGAGAGCGAGCAGGUGGAAAGGACGGCAGCACAGAGAGUGGCGCUUCACGUUUGUUCUGGCCGUGGUCAUGGGAGUGUUCGUUCUCUGCUGGUUCCCCUUUUUCUUCACGUACACGCUCACUGCCGUGUGCGACACCUGCUGCGUCCCAGAGACACUGUUCAAGAUGUUCUUCUGGUUGAGUUAUUGCAAUAGUUCUGUAAAUCCUUUAAUAUACACUAUAUUCAAUAAUGACUUCAGGAGGUCAUUUAAAAAGAUCCUUUGCAAACGGGACAGAAGAGGCUUAUGAAUAAGAUUUGUAUGUAUCCACUUGAAUAUAAUGCAUUUUUGAUGCUCUCCAUUAAUGCUCCCAUCAGCGUAAAUAUUACAUUAAACAGAUAUUAGAAGAUAUUUAUUGAAUUGAUGUGUUUUAAGAUUUUGUGUAAAUUCAUGUCUGAAAAUGUGUGUUUUGUAAGAUUUGAUCAUGCACAAAUAUCUACAGUUUGUGUUACAGCUAGUAUUCCACCGUGACCACCUGUGACUGUGCAGAAACUGACAUUGUACAACUGUGAAAAACAUGCAAGAUAUAUUUUCCACAUGUGUCUGUGUGAUUUGUAAUUAUAUUUAAACUGCCCAGCCAUGCUAUUGGUAUUGAUUUACAUACUCGGCAAAUGCUUUUUAGAUAGACAGUAAAUAAUGUCAUUUGAAAAAGUGCUGAUUUAUAUAUAUAAUUGUCAAUUCUUCCUAAACAAAUAUGGAAAAAAAUGUAUGACGACUAAAAACUCUAUAUGCUAAUAGCAGUAUUUUUUAUUCCAAGAGAAAAGAAAAUAGCCCAAAUCUUUGCACAUCAUUUAAAAUGUCUCUCUGUGUAAUUAUCACCAGUGUUUAAAGAGGGCUGAUUACGAAAAAGAGAAAAUUGAAACAGAAAACACAUGCAAAUUAGGAAAAGAAAUCUUUAUACAAGGCAUCAAACAAUAGCAAAAAAAGAUGAAAGCAAAUUGUGCCCCAAAUUUACGUCCCCCCCCCACGGCAUCAACUCUCUCCCUUUCUCAUAACAAGCACAAGAACAAGACAAUUAUGUGAAAAGACAAUUAUGCCUGGGAGGUGAGCGGUGGCACAACAAUACUGAAUACAGUUUAUCAUGAAUUAUAGCCUCUCAUAUCAGGAUGUCAUUAAAUCCUCCCCUGGAGUCAAACAGGAAUCGUACAGCCAUAGAAAUAUGAGUGGCUGCUGCAAAUUACACAGAGAGCGUAAUAUCCACACGGGCUUAUCAAUGUGUUGUGUUCCUAGUCUUGGUUUGUUAUCAACACUCCCUGUCUCUUCUCCUUUUCAGUCCCCACAGCACUAUAACCGGCCUUUACAUAAACCCCUCUUUAACAAAUAGACUUAUGGAAGCACUAUCACUAUGUGAACCUGAACUAAAGCAAACACACACCAUACACGAUUGUUUUAACUCGGCAAACAUCUGCAACCAACACUACCUCUCAUACAUAUACAGUGAAUAACAGAAGGAUUCCCAUGACUUUCUCUGUGGGACUCUGGCGUUUGAGAUUCCUGUGGUAAAUAUGUUUGGGUUCAACCACGUCCCAGAGUCCUAAAAUACAACAUGUGUAUUACUCACCACAAGUAGUAAGAAGCCGCUGAUGGAGUUCCCACGAACAAACUGAUAAACCACUGGUAUUUGAGGCUUACUGGUAUGUGAUGCAGAUAAAGCAAGAUAAAGCAAUUUUAUAACCUUUAUCGAAUAAGAUUGCUUAAUGGGCUUUGUUGAAGCUUUGAUGCUGACAGUUGAAAUCAACUUGUCUAAACUGUCACUUUGAAUGAAUGAAAAAGACAAAUUAUCAUAGUU